AAUGUAAUUUCUCUCUCCUCAGACUCCAAGUCGCAGCCUCUUCCUCCCGCCUCUACCUUCUCUUAAAACCCUCCAACAAAACCAUCAUCUUCCAUUCUUCCAGUUGUAUCACCACCUCUAAUCGUCGGCGCCUCUACCAACCACCUCUCCUUCUCUGCCGCUGCGAUUCUCGGUGUUGACGACAGUAAGAAUUACAACUUUGCUGCUGGCAUAUAUUUCCAAGAAUUUGAGAUGAGGCUAUUAACCCACAACAUGCUAUCUUCAAACAUAAAGGGGGUAACAAACGGGUUUCCUUUAAAAAUAGAAGCAGAGAAGGUGGUGGAGAAAGAGGUCGACAUGAAUACGGACUUCCUUAAGAACAUCUUCUCCAAAAUCGAGUGGAAGCCUUUCGUUGAAGCUGCCAAGACCUUGGGAUUCUCUGAACUUCCUGAAGAUGCUGACUCUUCUCUACUUGACUCCCAUGAGUUCCUCACCAAGUUCCACCAUGCACUCCUUGAGAUUCACCUCGAAGAAGGUGCGCUUGUUUGCCCGGAAACUGAACGCAAGUUUCCUGUCAGUAAAGGUAUCCCUAACAUGCUUCUUCAUGAGGAUGAAGUCUGAUUAUUUAGAAUCUUGAUUGACUUGUUUGUUAGUCCUUUUCUGUAUUCUCUCCCCCCCUCCCCCAGAAAGAUGGUUUGUAGACGAGAAUGAUAAGCUUCAAACUUGUUCUGCUGAGCUUGUUCUGUUGUGUUAUUCGGUGAAUUGUCACAAUGAAGAUGUAGACUUUACUGGCAACUUAUGCAAGUUUUUUGGUCUAUUUACUAUUGUGGAGUUUAUGCACA